AUGACAUCGCCAGCGAAGGAAGAUUCACAAGAUGAAACUCACUUGUUUGAUUCUAUUUCCAAGGACAUAGUGGAUAUUCUCAUGAGCGAUGACAUAGAGGAGAAGUUGGGUACUUUUGUUGACCCUUUGGCUCUCAGAGCUACUGAGAAAUCAUUUUACGAUGUUCUAGGUAAGCAGUAUCCUCCCUUACCUACCCACCUCACUCUUUGCAGUCCUGUUAAGAAAUUUUCUUGCAAUUAUAAUAGUACCAACAAUUUCAUUUUUGAGUCCGCUUCUCAAAUGCCCUUCAGUUCCAAGGGGAUUUUUGACAAUGGAUUGAUGAAGCCUUCUGUAACUACUAAUCCUUCAAGUAGCAAUAGUGAUGAGUCCAUUUUAAUGCAGUUCAGAAUAGGGGUAGAGAAAGCUCACAAAUAUCUUCCAGUAAUUGAUUUUGACAGCCAUGAUCUAGUGGUAGAGAAUACUGAUAGAGUGGACGAGUUAUCAAACAUGAUUCACCAGAUGUUUCUCUUUCCUAACAGUGAAAAAGAGCAUUCAGAGAGCACUGCUAAUGAAGAUUCAAAGAACAACCGAGCUAGUGGAUUGAUUGGUGGGAAAGAUCGAGCCAAAAAAGGAAGAAAUGAAGCGGUCGAUUUAAGGGAUCUGCUUAUUAAAUGUGCAGAAGGUCUAGCUGCUACUGACAUUAGGACUACAAAUAAACUUUUAAAGGAUAUUAGGCAACACUCUUCGUAUACUGGUGAUGGAUCUCAGAGGAUGGCACAUUACUUUGCCAAUGCUCUUGAGGCACGCUUGGCGGGUACUGGGGCUCAAAUUUGUGCUGACAUUUCCAAGACAGUACCAGCUAUUGACAUGUUGAAAUUCUAUCGAUCUUUUUUCCCUGCUUGUCCAUUUGGAAGGAUCUGUUUAAAUUUUGCAAAUCAGCACAUUCUGGAUGUGACUAAGAAGGCAACAAAACUUCAUAUUAUAGAUUUUGGUGCCGUAUUUGGAUUUCAGUGGACCCUCAUAGUGCAAGAUCUCUUGGCUAGAGUUGGUGGAACUCCUAAACUUCGCGUUACAGGCAUCUUACCUCCCCAGCAUGGUCCUCAAAAAGCACAAAGAGUUGAGGAAACAAGGCGUGGUUUGGAAAAAUAUUUUGAACGGUUUAAUAUCUUAUUUGAGUAUAAUGUUAUAGAAAAAAAAUGGGACACUAUUCAAAUUGAUGACAUUAAGAUCAACAAAGAUGAGGUCAUUGCUGUGAAUUGUCUAUUCAAAUUUGAGAAUCAUCUACCUGAUGACACAGUUGCAUUGAACAGCCCAAGAAAUAUUGUACUAGACCUAAUUCGAAAGACAAAUCCCAAAAUAUGUGUCCAUGCUGUUACGAAUGGAUCCUUCAAUGUCCCCUUCUUUGUUAGGCGAUUCCAAGAGGCGGUAUACUACUAUUCCGCAUGGUUUGAUAUGGCAGAUAAAGUAUUUACCCGUGAAAAUCCAAUUAGGUUGAUGUUUGAGCAAGGGAUGCUUGGGCAAGAGGUUGUGAAUACUAUAGCAUGUGAGGGUUCUGAGAGGAUUGUGAGGCCUGAAACAUAUAAGCUGUGGCAGGCACGUAACACAAAUGCUGGAUUUAAGCAGCUUCCAUUGAAUAGGGAACUCAUGAAGAGAUUAAGAGCGAAGUUGAUAUUUAUGUACCACAAAGAUUUUAUGAUUGAGGAAGAUGGUCACUGGAUGCUCCUAGGAUGGAAAGGGAAAAUAUUGCAAGCUCUCUCUUGUUGGGUUCCAUAUGAGUGUACUAAAAGCAUUUUUCGCACAGCUUAG